AUGGGUUAUCAAUUCAUAACUCGCCAUUUAUUUGCUUCCAUGCCAAAAUUUGAAAAGACACUUUUGAACUUCAAGGAAGCGUUUUACCAGGAUAAUGUGGAAUCUCUCUUAAAAUAUCACAGUAAGCUAGAAAAAUGCUGCAGCGAAGAUCCAAGCUUCCGAGAGCCUCUGUCUAAGUGUAUGGAGUUCACAAAAUUCACUGAAGACAUGGGUGCACUAGAAAUGUGUAUCAGUGAUAUCAGAGGAGACGACUGAAAACAAGUCACCAAUAAGCGCAACAUCAAGACUGAAAGUAAAGGGUCUGGGAAUGAUUUUUUAACACGGUGUACGUUGCUGGUUGACGCCCCUCUGAUUCAAGUCCUUCCGUUUCUUUCGGAGAUCGAGCUUGUCCCCACAUGGUAACUUAUAUAUAGGGUUGAUGUUCUUAAACAAGUAACUGUAUUCGAGUCCCCUUCACGAACAAGGAAGUUUGCCAGGUACAAUUUCUGGUUCCCAUGGCCGCUUUCUGACAGAGAGUGCAUGCUGGAGUUUGCAGCGUUCCCUAUUGUGUCAGAAAAAGCGAUUUGCAUAGUGAUGAGAUCGCCUAAGUCUGACAAUUAUAUGAACUUUGAUAUCCCUCCUCUAUGAUAAUAAAAUGGCUACUUAUGGAAUGGUUUACUCACUCCCCCCCUCCGUGAGUGAACAAAAAAAUUUUGUUCACUCACGGAGGGGGUAAUUUUUUUUUUUUAACAAAAAAUUUAUAUAUAAAUUUUAUAAAAAAUAUUUUUUUGUCGAGAUUUAAAAAAAAAUCCUAAUUCGCAAAAUUGGAAAGCAAAUAUUUAUUUAAUUUAUAAAAUUUAUGUUUUAAAAAGCUAUUCGUUCAAAAUUAAACAGAAUUAGCUCUAGAUUUCAUUAUACUAAUUAGCAUUUAUAUAUCAAUUUUUUUUUUUCCAUAAAAAAAGUUUGGUUCAAAAAAUAGCGAUUUUCCUAAUAGUUUUGUUCACUCACGGAGGGGGGGAGUCAGUAAAACCUUUCUCGUUAGGGUUAGUCACUUGCCCAGGAUUUUAGGACGUAUAGGAGUUUUACCGUUUGGCACACCUGAGGAGGGCGACCCUAAAGCGGAACACUCCUAGAAGCCAAGUCUGGAGCGAGGUCAACGUGACCAGUGGAAGCUUUCUGGCCCUUUUGGUUGGUCUUCUGGAAUGCUUGCUGGCAAGAUGGCUACCAACGUUAUCAAUUGGGACUUAAAAGGGAGGUUUUGAUAUUAAUUCCUGCUAACAGAGUUCCACUUUAAAAUCGACUAAUCUAGCCUAACCUGACGAUAUCCCUCCUCCAGCAGCAGAAGGGAAGAAAAGGAUGUUUAUGAACAUAGGCUGUCUCUAUGCCCAAGUUAUUUCUCCAACACAAACAAAGAUUAUUUUUAUUGCCCAAGCCAACGCCAAUAUCGUAACCCUUACAUAGUUUCUCUUGCCAAGGUGACUGAUCAAUUUUGGGACGAAGCAUAUAAUGUAUUAUCUUAUGGACACUUUGAGAAAUAAGAUAUUGAAUUUCCAAGGAAGCAUAUAUGAAGAAAAAAUGAAUGAGAAAAGAGAUUUUUAUGAGUUCAUGCAUCGAAUUGUGGAACAAAAAAUCGAUGCAAGAGAUGAUUAA